AUGCAAGAGGAAUCCGUCAACCAUAUUCCAGAAAAAUAUCUGCAUAAUCUGGACUCAGAAUGGAAAGAAAUGUGGAAUAAGCAUGGACAAGAUGUCGUGGGAGCGCAUCUGGUAACCAUCGAGGAAUUACGCAAGUGUCCGGCAAAAUAUAGUUUUACAUACCCUAUCUGGGAUGGACCUGAUGUACACGAUGUCCAAGAUCACAUAGUUUCCGUCCAGGAUCCGGAGGGCACCAUUACCUGCCGUGUGUAUACGCCUUCUGGCCCAGGUCCAUUUCCAAUGCAUCUAAAUUUCCACGGUGGAGGAUGGGUCCUUGGCGGCCUUAAGACGGAGGCUGCAUGGUGUCGAUCUAUGUGCAAUGAAGCAGGCAUUGUUGUGAUUGAUGUGGACUACCGACUUGCCCCUGAAUUCCCCUUCCCCGUGGCUAUUUACGACUGCUGGGCUGCUCUGCAAUGGGCAACCUCCAGCGCCAAACUGCUCAACAUCGACCCGACGUCUACUUCUAUAGGGGGCCUCUCUUCUGGCGGAUUGAAUACCGCUGUAUUGGCGCAUUUUGCUAGGGAUGCCAUUCCUAGGAUAGAUUUGAAACUGCAAUUGAUGAUUGUGCCGGCUACGGAUAUGCGAUACAUCCCCAUAUCGCUAGACGAGCGCGUCAGAUUGACCCCUGAAACUUGUCAGUACCCGAGUGCGAUUUUUUGUUCUGAUCUUCCAUGGUCUCCUCUGGAACGCGAGUCCUGGUUUUUGAAAUAUUACAUUGGGGAGGAUCCCGAGACUCGCGCAAAGAUUCUGAGUGACUGGCGCAUGACGCCUGUGCUAUCACCCUGUCUACGUGAUCUAGCGCCUGCGCAUAUCGUAACGGCUGAAUAUGACGUUGAGCGUGAUGAAGCGGAACACUAUGGAAGAAUGCUACAGGCUGCCGGAAAUCAAGUCAGCAUGAAACGGGCGGGAAUCGUGGGCCUCGACGUCGCCAUCGAACUAUCAAAACGCGGAUAUGGGAAAUAUGUUACAGUAAUCGCCGAGCAUCUCCCUGGCGACUCCUCAAUCGACUAUACAUCACCAUGGGCAGGCGCAAAUUUCUCUGGAAUCUCUGGUGGUGAUGCCAAUGCUUUACGCUGGGAUCGCGCGGGCUAUACGCUCAUGAUGAAGAUGAUUGAUAAGAAAACGACGGAAGCGAAAUAUCUCGCAAAGACUGAUUCUACGGAGUAUUGGGAUGAGAUGCCCCAACCGGAUAAGAUUCAGAGUAUGACUGAGUAUCUAAGAGACCUGGUGAUAAUACCCAAAAACGAGCUUCCUGCCGGAGUAGCAUUUGGCAUAAAAUUCACCACAGUCACCAUUAACGCACCUGCUCACUGCCAACACCUUCAGAAUCUACUUUCGCAGCCCGAGUACGGCUCAGUCCCAUUUCUCCGUCGGCGAGUUUCUAGACUGCAAGAUGCAUUUAUAUCCAAAAAUACCAAACUCGUGUUCAAUUGCAUCGGAAAUUCAGCCAUUACACUAUCCGGCGUCUCGGAUAGUAAAUGUUAUCCUACCAGAGGACAAAUCUUAGUGGUCAAGGCUCCAUCUGUGAAGCAGAAUAUCAUGCGUCAUGGAGCUGGGUAUGAGACGUAUGUUAUUCCGCGCCCAUUGUCUAACGGUACCGUGAUUCUUGGGGGUUACAUGCAAAAGGGAAAUUCGUUUCCAAAUGUCAAAGAGGAGGAAUCAGCAUCUAUAUUGGAGAGGACAGGCGAAUUGCUACCGAUUCUGUUGAAUGGGGAGGUGAAAAUUGUCAGGGCAGUUGUUGGUCUGAGGCCAUCUAGGGAAGGAGGUGCUAGAGUUGAGCAGGAGAAGAUUGAUUUGGAUAAAAUUGUUAUACAUAAUUACGGAGCUGGUGGAACUGGGUUCCAGGCUGGCAUUGGAAUGGCUGUGGAUGCGGUUGAUUUGGCUACGGACGAGUUGAGAAAAUGGGGCCAGAUGUCGAUGCUCUAG